AUGGUUGCUCUCAAAUACACUACUAUCCUGGCAUCGAGCAGUUGCGCCCUCACUCCGCCAGAUAGAUGUAAGCAAUACCCACACCCUCUGUCUAUCCAGGUCUCCGUCACCUAUAUUAACUACACCGACAUUUACUACGUAGCCUUUGCUGAUGAAGGUGUUUCUAUCUCUAAAGGCUCAAGUGGAUUGCAAGGUAGCUGGAAAGGCAUCGGUAGCUUUAUGGAUCCUUCCUUGGACAAACGUAACGUCGAGUAUGUUAUCAGACGUGACUCUGCAGAGAUUUCAAUCUCUGGCUCAAUCAAUUUCAAGUCGAUCACACCCGCUCACUAG